UAUUAAUAAUAAUAACAACAUUAUUAUUAUUAUUAUUAUUACUAUGUGUUUGACAGAAAAAAAAAAAAAAGUUCUUAUAUGACAGGAGGAAAUGAGAAAAUACAGUGAAUGGAGGAGUUAUAGAAAGUGCAGUAACCGUCUAUUCCAAAUAGCAGAAGAACCGUUGUUUGAAUUAACUUGUUAACUUUGCUGGCUGCAUGGAACUUUCUCCUCAUUCAUACUAUCUCUCAUCUCUAACAUCUAUCUAAUGCAACAAAGCGUUUCUUUCACAAUGCCAAUGCUCAUUUAAAUCUCUCUCUCUCUUCCUUCACUGUUCAUCUUCUUCCUCUUCUCUCUUUCUUCUCCCUUUCUCUCUCUCAAUUCUCCACCUUUCAAGCCAUGGACUCGCACUGGAGCUCUCGCCAGACGUUUGAACGCUAUGUUUAUGAUUAUCUUGUCAAACGAAACAUGCGCCACACUGCUGAGGUUUUCAGCAACGAGACCAACCUUCAUCUGGAUGCCGCUGCUUUUUCGACUGAUGCUGUGGAUGUUCCAGAAGGAUUUUUGCUGGAGUGGUGGUCUGUCAACAAUGAUUUUGAAUUCUUCAGACAAAUGCAUGAAAAACGUGGGUUGUUAGGAGGAAUGCAAGGACGUAAUGCUUUUCAAGGAGUAGGGUCUUCGAUAAAUGUUCAACCAAUGUAUCAAUUUCCUAAUAAUUUUAAUCCUGUUGAAGCACUCAACAUAGGAAGCAACUUGAUGCCAUCACGUGUAACUGGUGAAUGGCCAGUAUUUUCCUCACCUUCUGCACACCAAAAAGUAACUGGUGAAUGGCCAGUAUUUUCCUCACCUUCUGCACUCCAAAAAGUAACUGGUGAAUGGCCAGUAUUUUCUUCACCUUCUGCACACCAAAAAGUAAGUGGUAAACUGCCACAAUUUCUGAUCCCAUUUUCCCGUCAAGAGGCAUUUGGUCAAUUGCAACAACUUUCAUCUUCACAUCAAGACGUUGUGAUGACACCAGUAGAGAAAACGACACAGGUUUCCAAUGUCAAUAGUGCAGGCGCAAAUUCUGGAUUUAUUGAGGAAACAGAUCCGCUCAUUGAGAAUUUAUUAAAAUCUUUUUGGUUGUUUGAACCUGAUGAACCAAGCCUGUUUGACAAGUCAACAGUAGGACAGAGCAGCAGAAAUGCCGAGAAUUUGGUGGAACGUGGAGUUGGAAACACUAGUAUGAAUACAAUUGCUGGUUCAUCACAAGCACUAGAGGAUGAUAACAAAAGUGACACAAGUGACUGUUCCAGCAGUUUCGAAUUUGUUCUUUCUGAUGCAGAUGGCUCAUCAGACCCUCAGUUGGAAUCCAAUGGAGAAACAUAAAUCAGUAUCUUCAAGCAUGGAAUGUGAUUUGUUGUCUGCAAUAAUGAAUUCCCUUCUAACACGAAUCUUGUCAACAACAGAGGUAUCAAGGCUAAUUUGUGAUGAACAACUAGCAUGCAGAAAAGGCUUCUGAACUGUUUUGUCAACUAGGAAAGAAAAUGCUGUGUCCAAUUUUGUUUUGAAGUGCAUAGAUUACCAGCUUUCCCAAGUAAGUUCUUGAUCACUCAGCAGAAGGAAUAAAGGGAAAUUUCCACAGUAUUAAAAGGUGGUUUGUUUUCCUGAACAUGUUUUCAAAGCUUUUAUUUUUCUUCUUAUAUACUACAAAUUUUUAAGGCUAAUAAUGUGGUUAAAUUUUUACUUUUGGAAAUUCCUUUGUUUGAAGUAUAUAAUAGCUGAAGUGCGGGCUAAUGCAUUAGCAGUUUAGUUUCUUAGCUUAAUCUUCAAUAACAGUUUGUUGGCUUCACCAUUUUGUUUUAGUUGUCAUCUUGUGAAUCGAUCAAUCUUUUGCACCCCUAAUCAGCCUUUUGUUGUCUUCAGUGCAGCACUUGGUGAUCCUUCAGUUACCAUAAGACUAUUUUUUCUUUUUCUUUCCAUUACAUGCUGAAACAAAUGAACAACAAAGAAGACAUUAAAGAUGCUGACUCACUAAGAUUCCUAUUCUGUAAAUCAUCUCAUUUGUAGCAGGUAAGCAUCUCUUUAGAGCUAACACUGUGUCAUAGUGGUUCUUUUUUGUUGACAUGAAAGAGGCAUAGCUCAAGGAAAACAAAGAAAAUCCUAGCCUUUUGGAAGGAACAUGCUACAUCAGCCAUUAUCACUGUAGAAAUAGGAGGAGGGAGCAACAUUAAAAAUAUUUACUUGUUCCUGAAGAAAUAGUCCACACUUAGCCGAAGUAUCAGCAACCUGAACAUGGGCACCCACAAUCUGUUGGUCUCAGAAAUGUUAUUAUUUGCUGCAACCAAAGAAAGUGCAGGAUAAAUCCUGUCAACCAAUGUUUGUCCUUGGAAAAGAAUCUAAGUGAACUAUGAACUUCCUAAGCCUCUACUCCAAGCAACAUUAAUACCAUUGUGAAUAGCCAUAUUGGUCAUUUAUAUAUUAACGACUUUUUUCUGUAUUUCCGUUUGUUAGAAUCUGUUUUAUCAGCUGUGUUAUUUUUGUCAGGACUUGUGUUUUAUUGUAUAUAUGAAUUAAAGUGUAUGAUGGAGAUAUCCCUGAAUCAUUCGGAUUUGGUUGUCUAGGUGCUAUAAUUAUACUUCCUAAGAUAGCUUUCUAGCCUUGUAUAUAUGAAUUAUAUUCUCAACAUAAUAGAUUAAAAAAUUCUACCCUAAAUUAUAACAUAGUAUCAGCGCUCUCAAAUUCUAGGAGCUGCCUCUGACUGCACCCACCAAAACCCUAGAUGGUAGCCUUCAUUGCUGCCAUCAUCCCUUUCAAGACAACCUUCAUUGUUGUCACAAACCAAACCCUAGCCGACAGCCUUCAUUGCUGUCAAUCGUUUUUUUAUUUCGGGUAGCCUUCAUUCACUGCAUUACGGUCUUUGUACUGCAUGGACAUGACAAACCAAAUUCCUAAAGUGGUGAAUACUACGUCACAGCACACUUAGGAACAAUUGCAGUACCUCAACAUUGCCUACUAAUUGAAUGGGAAGAAUUAUUUGAAAUGGCCCAACAUGUUUGUAGAACUUUGAGAGGUAAAGGGAAAGCUAACCACUUGACUAAAGAUCUAAAGAAGAAGAUCCCAGAUUUACAAAAUGGGAUGAAGAGGACUCUAUGGUCAUGGCAUGGCUAUGGAACUCCAUGAUCCCAGAAAUCACUGAUACUUGCAUGUUUCUUAAUUUUGAAAAGGACAAUUGGAAUGCCAUGGAGCAGACAUACUCCAAAGCUAAAGAUGUUGCUCAAAUAUAUGAUGUGAAGGUGAAGACUAUUGCUGCAAAACAAGGAAACAAGAUGGUUACAGAGUAUACCAAUCAACUCAAAUCAUUAUGGAUGGAAUUAGACCAUUAAAGGGUCAUAAAAGCCAAGUGCUCAAAUGAUUGAGCAAUGUUCAAAGAGUAUAUUAAGCAAGAUAGAGUCUAUGAUUUCAUGGUGGGGCUUAACUGUGAUUUUGAUCAAGUGAGAGCCCAGAUCCUUGGAAAAGAAAAAUUCUAGGAAUUAAUGAUGUAGUAGCUAUGGUCAGAAGUGAAGAAAGUAGAAGGGGAAUAAUGUUGGAAACCCUAGCCAUGAAAAAUUCAGCCAUGAUAGCUUCUGGAUUGGCCAUGAUGGUAGACUCGGAAAAGGGGGAAGGUCUUCCUACAUCACUGUCGCCUUGGACAUCCUUCCUAUAAGGUCAAAAAAUCAUUAUUUCCUUCGUCUUUUAGCAAAUUAGAUGUAGCAAGUCUCAAUUGUGAAGUGUGUGAGCUUGCUAAGCACAAACGUGUUUCUUUUCUAGUUAGUAAUAAUACGAGCACUUUUUCCUUCUAUUUAAUUCAUAUUGAUGUGUGGGGUCCCUGAACUGUCUCAGAUUUUUUAGGGCUCGUUGGUUUCUUACCUUUAUAGAUGAUUGUACUCGUGUUACAUGGAUUUGCUUACUAGAACCAAAAUUCGUUUUAGCUAUGUGGUUCAAUGCUUUUUCUCCAUGAUAAAAAAUCAUUUUGGUAUUAGCAUUAAGAGGAUUAGAUUCGAUAAUGCCAAAGAUUACUUUAAUUAUGGGCUUAUUUCCUUUUGUCAAAAAGAAGGUAUCAUUCAUGAGUCCUCUUGUGUCAAAACACCUCAACCAAAUGGGAUUGCUGAGAGGAAAAAUGGGUACCUUCUAGACCAAACUCGAGCUCUUCUUUUUCAACAUGAGGUUCCUAAAAGGUUUUGGGGGAGGCUUCACUGCUUGCUGCUUAAUUAAUAGACUACCUUCUAGUAUUCUAGCUUCCAAAAGCCUUAUGAAGGUUCUGUCCUCUUUUUAUCCUAAUGUGUCCACAUCCAACCACCUUGUUCCAAGAAUAUUUGAGUGUGUAUCUUAUAUCCAUAUCCAUCGUAGUGACAAAGGUAAACUUGAUCCUAGAGUCUUAAAAUGUGUUUUCACAGGAUACUAAUCAACACAAAAUGGAUAUAAAUGUUGUCAUCCACCAUCCCAAAAAUUCUUUAUGUCGAGAUAUGUCAACAUUUUUUAGCACAAAAGUUACUUCAACCAAGAUCAAGGGGAGAUUGCCAAAAAUGAAGAUGGUCUCCUUAUGCUCCCUGACUUAAGUUUUGGACUAGAAAUAGGGACUAAAAGUGUAACAAUUGAGAAGGAACCCACUAAAUCCACUCAAGAUGGGGCUGAUGUAACAUUCGGUUAAAAAAACUGGUUUAUGCAAGGAAGACAAAGGCCAUUCUAGAAUUUGUCGAUGUCCAACAAUCCAACUCAACAUUACUUAAGGUAACUACCCCUAAUCCUUUAAUAUACACUGAAUUAGCCUUUAAUUUUCCAAAAGUACAUGAACCUGAAUCCAGUUCAGCACCACUUUAUGAGGACCUAGAUAUUCCAAUUACCCUUAGGAAAAGAGACUAGGAAAUGUACCACAAAGCCACUGUACCCUCUAGCCAAUUACCUAUCCUUUAAAAACUUCUCACCUACCCAUAAAGUCUUCCUCACAAGCCUAAACACUACAACCACACCUAUCCCUUUAUAUGAGGCAUUGAGUGAUAAAAAAUGGAAACAAGCCAUGAACAUGAAAAUGGAAGCAUUAGAAAAGAAUAGUACCUGGGAUUUGGUUGCUCUCCCAAAUGGAAAGAAACCAGUAGGGUGCAAGUGGGGUAUAUACUAUAAAAUACAAGGUUGAUGGAUCCAUUGAGAGGUACAAAGGAAGGUUAGUAGCUAAGGGAUUCACUCAAACCGAUGAAAUGGAUUACAUGGAAACAUUUGCUCGAAUUGCAAAAUGAAUACACUUAAGGUGAUAUUAUCCCUAGCAGCUACUUAUGGUUAGAACUUGCAACAAUUUGAUGUUAAAAGUGUCUUUCUCCAUGGAGAAAUUGAAGAGGAGAUUUACAUGGAAUUGCCCUCUGGAUAUGGUGGAAAAACAACUGCCAACAUUGUUUGCAAGCUAAAAAUGGCAUUGUAUGAGCUCAAACAAUCACCACAAGCGUGGUAUGGAAGGUUUACUAAGGUUAUAAUAGGUCUGGGCUUUAAACAAAGUCAAGGAGACCACACUCAGUUGACUAAACACUCUAAGUCAAUGGAAGUGACAAUGUUACUAGUUUAUGUGGAUGAUAUUAUAGUGAUAAGUGAUGAGGAGGAGGAGGAGCAACAACUGUUAGGCCAACAUCCGGCCAAGAAUUUUGAAAUUAAGACCUUGGGAAAAUUGAAGUAUUUUUUGGGAAUUGAAAUGGCCCAUUUUAAAAAGGGAAUAUUCAUAUCUCAAUAGAAAUACAUCACUGAUUUGUUGAAAGAAACUAGUAAGACAACUUGCAAGCCUACAAGUACACCAAUUGAUCCAAACCUGAAAUUAGGAAACACAUGAGAAGAUAUUGCAGUUGACAAGGAAAUGUAUCAAGGGCUAGUUGACAGACUAAUAUACUUAUCUCACACUAGAGCUAAUGUUGCAUUCGCUAUGAGUCUAGUUAGCCAGUUCAUGUUCCAACAAAAGGAGGUUCACUUACAAGUUGCACUAAGAAUUGUGCAAUAUUUGAAAGGGAUCCCAGUUGGGGGAAUUUUGUUUGAACGAAAUGGGAAUGUAAGUCUGGAAGCAUAUACAAAUACAAACUAUGCAAGGUCAAUUGUGGAUAGGAGGUCACCUACAUGAUAUUGCACUUUCCUUGGAGGGAAUCUUGUGGCUUGGAAGAAUAAAAACAAAAAUGCGGUAGCUAGAUCCAGUGUUAAAGCAGAGUUCAGGGCAAUGGCACAAGGGAUAUGUGAUCUAUUCUGGCUGAAAGAUCACCUUGGAAGACUUAAGAAUAAAAUCGGAUGAACCAUUAAGACUUUAUUGUGAUAACAAAUCUACUAUUAGCAUAACUCAUAAUCUAGUGUAGCAUGAUAGAACCAAACAUAUUGAGAUUGACAGACAUUUUAUCAAAGAAAAAUUAGACAAUGAUCUGAUCUGCACUCCUAAUGUCUCCUCACAAGACAACCUUGCAAAUAUUCUAGUGAAGGGGUUGAAGAACAUCAAUUUUGAGAGUAUUGUUUCCAAGCUGGGAAUGGAAAAUACCUAUUCACCAGCUUGAAGGAAGUGUUAGAAUCUGAUUUAUUAGCUAUAUUAUUUCUGGCUGGAUUUGUGUUUUAUUGUUUCCUUAUUUAGCAUAUUAUAAUUACAGUGUAUGAUGGGGAUAUCCCUGAAUCAUAGGGAUUCGGUUGUCUAGGUGCUAUUAUUAUAUUUCCUAAAAUAGCUUUCUAGCGUUGUAUAUAUGAAUUGUAUUGUCAACAUAAUAGAUUAACCGAUUCUACCCUAAAUUAUAACACCAUUUAACAUAAGGCUCUGGUGUGGAUUGAAACUACUUUUGGCCUUGCUUUUUAAAUUUUCUUAACUAACUGGUUUGUUGUGCUAUAGGCAUCGAUAGGUGGCUAGAUAUUUACCAGAAAGCAUGCAAGUGUUGCCACUAACAGUUGCAGUGUUCAACAACCAAGCAUACCACCUAGAAAUCAGCCAUGCGUGUAUGUCCAUGUUUUAAAGUUAUAUGAUUUAAUGAACUUGUAUGAGAUGCUUCUGGCAUAAUAUAUUCAGCAGAAAGUGAUGUGCAUGUUUUUGGUGAGUAAAAUGAUGGAACAUUGAGACACUUGUAAUUUCGGCAGAAAGUCAACUAAAGAAUUACUGCACAGGACUAAAUCACUAGCAGUUUUAUUCAGUCAAAAUUGCUCAACUAGUCAUGAGAAGGGUUGUCCCCCAAAGUGCAUCAGAGGAAUGCAACUUUCAUCCAUGGAGAAUGAUAGUUAUCUUAUUGAAUAUUAUUGUAUAACUUUUGGUGCCAAUUUUAGGUUAUUUAUAGAACCAUUUGCCACUUCUCUCUCUACUUUGCUGAAGCCUGGUUUCCAUUUUAUGCUUCACUUAGGAUGAUAUUUUAAUUUAAUUCUGGAACUUCUGAUUUGUGAAGAUCAAUAUGA